GUGGCUGGCAAGGUGGUGAGGAACCACAGCUGGCAGAGCAGCCAGUGGAGAGGAACUGCGGCUGGCGGGAUGGCCAGGCGACGAGGAGCAGUGGCGGGCAGGGCGGCCAGGCAGAGCAAACGCAAGCCAGGUGCCUUCUUCCCAGGUGGGAGCCACAACUGGCUGGGAAAGGCCAUUUGGGACCUGCAUGGCCUCUUUGCAUGGGCAUCUGCGGACAGAGGCCGGGGAGAAGUAACAGCGGACCAGCUGCUGGGUGAAAGUAGCCAGGGGGACAGCAGAGGAAACAUCCCCUGGAACAAAGUUGUUUUCAGAAAUAAAUACCAGCAUACAGGUUUUGGACCAGAGGUUGGGAGUAAAUGGGAUGGCAGCGUCCCAAAAUACUUCUGUGACCAGACCUGUGACACCGGACAGAAUAAAAGGGGAAUGUGCCAGUCCUGGGCCACUAGGAGAUACAGAGUGGAGCAGGACAGAACAGGACCCUCGGCAACAACUAGCCAUGUUGGGGAAAGCACAUGAGUUCUUUCAGAUCUGUGAUGUGGAGGGCAAAGGCUUCAUCACUCGGCGUGACAUGCAGAGACUGCAUGGUGAGCUACCUCUUAGCCUGGAGGAGCUGGAGAAAGUUUUUGAUACUCUGGAUGCGGAUGGCAACGGUUCACUUACGCCAGAGGAGUUCACAACAGGAUUAAGUCAGUUUUUGUCUGGGCAGAUGGCCUCUGUGAAUGAAAUGUGUGAGUCUGACAAUGAAAAUGUCUAUCAGUCUAAGUGGGAAGAAAACUAUGCUAAAGCUGAUCAGGAGGACGACGAGGACAGGCAGUUCUCAGAUCUGAUGGACCGGCUUGGAACUAACAAGAUCUUAGAAGACGAGAGCAACAUAAGACAACUUUGGUCGCAGCUGAGAAAAGAUGAACCUCAUUUACUUUCCAGUUUUGAAGAGUUCCUGGUCAGAGUUUUCUCCCAGCUCCAAGAAGCCGAUAAUGAAAAGAAUGAAUUGGAGUGUGCCCUGAAAAAGAAAAUUGCUGCUUAUGAUGAAGAAAUUCAACAUCUCUAUGAGGAAAUGGAGCAGCAAAUCAAAAAUGAGAAAGAGCAGUUUCUCUUGAAGGACACAGAGAGGUUUCAGUCCCGCAGUCAAGCGCUGGAACAUAAACUCGUUUCAAAAGAACAAGAGCUGGAACAACUGGUUCAAAAACAGAAAAGGCUGGAGGGGCAGUGUAAGGAACUCCACAACGACAAACAGGAGACCAAAGUGGAGAACACCAAGCUGAAGCUAACAAACCAAGAGCUGCUAAAGGAACUGGAGCGAACGUCUCAGGAGUUAAUAGUCGCCCAGCAACAAUUACAGAUGCUCCAGGAGGAGGCUUCAAAACUACAUGAAGAAAAAGAAAUGGAGGUAUACAGGGUGACAGAAACAUUACAGCGAGAGAAGUCAGGACUCCUUAAGCAGCUGGAUUUCUUAAGAGAAAGGAACAAACAUCUCCGAGAUGAACGAGACAUGUUUUUACAGAAAAGUAAAACAAAUGCUUCAAAAGCCAACUGGAAACAAAGAUCAGGAUCUAUCAUUGGCAAAUAUGUAGAGGGAAAGGCAUCACUUAAGAGCCAAUUCUCUGAAGAAGAUGAUGCUUUCAAUAACUUAACAAGAAGGAGGAAUUCUAUUGGUUUGAAUGGGUAUCUUGCUUCAGAGUCUGACCAUGCUACUAAUGGGGGCAUGACUCAAACAAAACAACUGCAGAGAAUAAUUUCCAUUGAAGAAGAUCCCCUACCCCAGCUUCUUGAGAUGCCAGCUGAGAAGCAAUACAGCAAGUGGACAGAAGAAAAUGACAAUGUCUCCCCAGAAAAGGAAAUGGAUGAGAAGCAAAUUGUGACAUCGAUAGACCACACACCAUUGUCUCUCAGAGAGCAGCCAGUAGGGAAAGAAACACAAUCAAAUGAGGAGAGAAUAUACUCUGCCCCUGAUCGCUUAUUCAAGAUUGUUUUUGUGGGCAAUUCAAAUGUGGGAAAGACUUCAUUUUUAAAGCGAUUCUGCGAAGACCAUUUUUCCCCAGACACAUCUGCUACUGUAGGUAUAGAUUACAGUGUGAAAACAGUGACAGUGGAUAACAGCCAGGUAGCCCUGCAACUCUGGGACACUGCUGGGCAGGAACGGUACCGCAGUAUUUCCAAGCAGUUUUUCAGAAAAGCUGAUGGUGUCAUUGUCAUGUAUGAUAUAACAGCAAAAGACACAUUCACAGCUGUCAAACAGUGGUUGGUGAGCAUUGAGGAGGUAACUGGAGAGAAUAUACCUGUGCUUUUACUGGGUAAUAAAAUCGACAAUGAAAAAGAACGAGAAGUCCCUUAUGGACUAGGAGAACAUCUGGCCAAGGAUUACAAUUUAAUUUUCUACGAAUGCAGUGCCUGUUCCGGUCAUAAUACCCAAGAGUCAGUGCUUCGCUUAGCUAGGAUUUUAAAGGAACAAGAAGAUAAAGUGAAAGAAAAGACCGUUCAGCUGCUGCAAGACUCAAAGAAAAAGUCUUGUUGUACCAGACUGUAGAAGACUAGGGUACAUUUAGACCACAAUCAGACAUCUUAUAUCACACUACAGUGCAUCAUCACAUCUGCCUUAUGUUCAAAAUAUGUCUUAUGCUACGUUGUGAAUGUAGCAACAGAAAACCUUUAAGAACCUAGUGCACACUCACUUCUCACUCUUUGCAAAGAUGAAGGCCUUAGGAUUACUUAGAUUGUAAAGGCAGGGGCCAUCUUUUUGUUAUGUGUUUCUAUAUCACUUAGUACCAUGGGGCCCUGAUCCAUGACUACCGUAGGGCCAUGAUCCUAGACGCUACUGCAAUACCAUGAUCCAUGAUCCUAGAUGCUACUGCAAUACCAAUAAGAAUAAGGAAUCUACUUAGAAUAGGAAGCUAAUUCUCAUAGGACCUGAUCAUAGACACUCUUACUU